AUGAUGCGCUUGCAGGCACGUCGUGUUGUGUUUGUCGCCAUCAUUUUCAGCGCGACAAUUGCAUACAUUUUGUACACCCAAAGUAAAUAUAUCACGUGGCCACGUACUGACCCAAAUGAUUCAAUUGUCUAUGAAACGCAACCCAACUCAGAGUCCGAUGCAAAAAUACCUGCAGACCCGAGUUCGUCGACUCCAUUAACAGAUUCGAAUGAUGAGGUCAAAACACCGCCAACGGUUGAAGAGCCUUCACUGAAGGAGAACCAAGACAAGAAGCCAGAUGAACAACAUCCAGCUGAAAAACAGCCUGGUACUGGUUCAGAUACUAAACCUCUUUCUGAUACAACCUCAACACCCGCACCGAUUGUUCCAGCGGUUACAUGUCCAUCUUAUGCACAAAUUCAGCGGAAGAAACAAGAGCCAUUAUCUGAGGGUCAUAGAAAAUUUCCAUAUUCUCGCCCUUCACAGGAAUGCCGGACAUUCAAUCUUCCUUCGUUAGAAAAGCUCAUCGAGCAGAUGAAAACGAUUAUCAAGGACCCAGAUCUCUUCCGGCUUUUUGAAAAUAGUUAUCCAAAUACAUUGGAUACUACAAUUAAAUGGCGAGGGUACGCAAACAAGAUCGAUCCAGUUACACAAAACGAGACAGCGACAGACGAAGAGCUCACAUUUGUUAUCACUGGUGAUAUUGAUGCUAUGUGGUUGAGGGAUUCUGCAUCUCAAAUCUAUUCCUAUCUCCCAUUACUGGAAGCUUCUGAUAAUCGAGAUUCUCUUGCAAGUCUAUGGCGUGGUCUCAUCAAUUUACACGCACGAUAUAUCAUUAUAUCACCAUACUGUCAUAGUUUCCAACCUCCACCGGAAUCAGGUCUCCAACUUCAAACCAAUGGAGCGUAUCAUCAAAAUCAUCCCAUGCCAGCCUAUGACCCCGAGAAAGUCUUUGACUGUAAAUGGGAACUCGAUUCCCUGGCCUCCUUUCUCCAAGUCUCAUCGGCCUAUUAUCAGCGCACAAACGAUUUGUCAUUCUUUCAAAAAUAUUCCUGGAUCGAUGCUGUUCAAGCAGCUGUAGAUGCCGCCGGUGCAAUGAGACUGGGAACGUAUUCCUCUGAAGGCAAAGUUCAAAAAUCCGCAUGGACAUUUACAGGUUGGACAAACCGCGGCAGCGAGACUCUGACAAAUGAUGGUCUGGGUAACCCUACGAAACAGAACGGAAUGGUGAGAAGCGCAUUUCGACCUUCAGAUGACGCAUGUAUCUAUCAAUUAUUGGUACCCGCAAAUAUGAUGUGGGCUAAAUACCUAGAAGAGGCAUCUAUCAUUAUGGAACAAUUAUCUGGCGAAAAGGCUGCCAAACUGACCACCUCCAUGCGAGAGCAAGCACUCGGAAUAAGAAAAGCCAUAUAUCGCGAUGCCAUAACUCAUCACUGGAAAUUUGGCGAUAUUUAUGCCUAUGAAAUCGACGGCUUUGGCGGCCAUAAUUUGAUGGAUGAUGCCAAUGUCCCUUCACUAUUAGCUAUCCCUCUUUGGGACUACGAAAACUCUUCAUUUCCCCUCCCUGAACUAUUUGAAAGUGACGGAGAGCAAGGUGGUAAAAGAACAAAAGUUGAUCAUGCAAAGAUCUAUAAUAACACUCGAAAUUUCGUCCUAAGUCAAGAGAAUCCCUAUUUCAUGCAAGGGCCAUCCAUUGCCGCAGUAGGUGGCCCUCAUCUUGGUCCAGGCAAAAGUUGGCCUAUGGCAGCUAUUGUACGCGCCCUGACUGCCAUGGAAACAGCAUCAAGAUUGGGUAAAGGAAUAGAAGAUGUGGAGAAAGAAGUGGUAGAACAGGUAAUGAUGGUUUUAGAUAGUACCGGAGGUACGGGUGUAAUCCAUGAGAGCGUCAACUCGUGGAAUGCAAAUGAUUGGACAAGAGCUUGGUUUGGAUGGGCGAAUGGACUUUUUGGGGAAUUGAUUAUGCGAAUUUCAAGAGAGGAUCAGAAGGCCGGGAGAGGAGGUGGAGGGUUAUUGGGGAGAAGCUGGCAGACAGAUGAGGGUGUCAAGGCGAGUAAUUGA